UUAAAAGACGAAGUUUUGAGUGCAUGCACCUGGAAUGUCCGCAACCUCAAUGGGAAGGGUGCCUUGGGCCGGCUGGCCGAUGUGCUCCGGAAGAUCUAACCUGGCAUUACCGUCAUCCAAACAAUGCGCUGGACGAGGAAAGCCAAAAAUUAAACGCAGUUGACCGUACCAGAAAAGGUUCCCCGUACACCUUGGAAUCUAAGCAAGUUUAGAAAGGAAAUUUCGCCUUUUUGCAUUUUUCGGAUAUUAAAUUAUAAUAUAUCUCCUCCUCAGCGUUGGUCGUCUUGCCGUGGCGAGGGGGCUUAAAUGGUGUUAUGGUAUAAUUCACAGCGUGAAUUGUAUCAUGCCUCCAUGAACUAAGAGGGAAGCCUGGCAUUGCAACCUUCGGCAAUAUUCCUUACAAUUCAAGGUGGAGUGCGUUUGUAUUGCUGAAGGCGAAAAUGUCGGGAUUACCGUACCAACACUACUCAAUCCCAAGGUGUGUAGGCAACCGUGCCGGUGGAUGAAUGGCCAGCGGGUAGUAAAACAGUGGCUGGUCGCGAACGGUCCCCUCCGAUGCCCGGGCAAGGUCGGUUGUUAGAAGUGCCUUCUCCACGCAUCCCGGCUCUGCGGACGAGCGACUAACCUCUUCCGGACUACUCGUGGGAUCACAUAUGGAACAAAAGGAACAACAACAAAACCAACAACAGCAAAAACGUCAGCAGCGUACAAGCGGACUGCAAGGGGAAAACGUUACGGGGAUAGAAGAACAGCUCUUCAAAUCCCCGCAGGCAAGUAAGAUGGUUGCAAGUACUCCUGGUGGCGCCAGCCAUAGUACCCCAGUUGUACGAGCACCAGAAACCAGCAGGGUGGCAGAUGCCAGACAAAGUAUCACCACUCUGCAAAUAGUCAAAGAUAGCACCGGUAGUGCCUGCCGUAGUACUUCGGAUGACCAACCAACAAGUAGAAAAUUGACGGCCGUUGCAGGCAGCAAUCCCACCUCCAAGAAAAGAAAAUCUUCGGGCAUAGUCAUGCAACAUAAGUACCAGAAGGCGCUGUAUAUGUUAGAAAAAAUUCAUGAAAAUGUAGCGGCCGGUACGGUACAUGAGCGCGACGAGAAAGACAAGGCAAGAUAUAUGAAAAUAGUGGUAGAGUACGAAAAGAUGCAGACAGAUCGUGCAGCCACAAUCGAAGCCAUCGAAGCAAAAAAACGGAACCAUUCUCAUAAUGAGGGCGCCCAUAGGGCCAUUACAAAGAAGGCCAAGCGAUCCGGUGAUGCGGAGUCCGCAACACCCUUGAAGCAACGUAAUUUUAGUUACGUCGCCAGAGAUCACCUACAGUCGGCGAUAAUAGACGAAAAUAGCAGGACACCGCUAACAGUGCAGCAGAAAUGGGUGGAGAUCGAUGUGAAGCUGUCGAGCCUCGUAAUGAACUACGUAUUCGACAACCCCGAGGGUCCUCAUCCAGAGUUCGACUCAUCGGAAUCCCUACGGGGAUACCGGGUAGUCAAGUGCGCGGACCAGUUCUCCCUGGACUUCCUUGCUGGAUGCGUUGCUAAGAUCAGCGACACUUUCGUCGGCUUGAAGCUCAAGCUGAUACCAGCUAAAGAUAUUCCAAGGAGACCACGUGGGCGCAUUUGGCUGCCGCCGAUGGACGAACCAGGCGAAAUGUUGCUACGGUGUAUUAAGCUGCAGAACAAAGACAUACCUGCGAUCGAGAAAUGGGAGCUUAUAAAGGGUAACCAGCCAAUAAGGCCUUCAAAUAACCCCAUGAUGCUAGCCAUUUGUGCGGAAUCUUUAGACGCCUUAGAAAAGGCAGACUACCGGCUUCGCUUUGGUAUCCGUAAGGCCAGAAUGCGGGUUUAUGGAGCUGGUGAGCUUCCCAUGGGUGUGAAGCUGACGGAUGACCCUAAAUCGGAGAGUUAAAGUAGCCCAAAUAAAGCUGCAGCACUCACAAUGCGCCACAAAUAAUCAAGCUGUUCUCUUCAGCGAGGAGGAUAUAGACAUUAGCCUAAUACAAGAGUCCCCGGUCAAGCACGAGGCAGUCAUGGGACUAAAUAUAAAGAGCUAUCAGCUUUACUAUAAGAAUAAGGACAGCAGUCAAAACACUUGUUACGGUGGAGACCACCGGACAGACUACUAGUUGCAUCAUAAAAGGCCCGUUAUAGGGACAGUCCGCAAACCAAAAUCAAGGAUAUAAUAGACAAAAACC